GACCAAUCACAAUCAAGCUUCAGAAAUACCGGGCGGAAGUUGGAUUCCAGUUUCUUGUGAGUAAACUAUUUUGUAACUGAUAAUCUUCGGCUGCCGGUGAAGCCCGGAGGAGACAUUUGCUGCCUGAGCUCAUCUCUCCAGGUCUUCCCCCUCUGAGAAGCCAUGGACGCAGAAGGCUUUGGGGAGCUGCUGCAGCAGGCCGAGCAGCUGGCUGCAGAAACCGAGGCUGUGUCUGAGCUGCCGCACGUUGAGAGGAACCUCCAGGAGAUCCAGCAGGCUGGAGAGCGGCUCCGGACCAGAACCCUGACCCGGACCUCCCAGGAUGCAGCUGACGUUAAAGCCUCCAUCCUGCUUGGGUCCAGAGGCCUGGACAUCUUCCACAUCUCGCAGAGACUGGAGAGCCUCAGUGCUGCCACCACCUUUGAGCCGCUGGAGCCGGUCAAAGACACCGACAUUCAGGGCUUCCUGAAGAACGAGAGGGACAACGCUCUGCUGGCCGCCAUCGAGGAGUCCCGCCGCAGGACCUUCCUGCUGGCUGAGGAGUACCACCGGGAGUCCAUGCUGGUCCAGUGGGAGCAGGUGAAGCAGAGGGUGCUGCACACGCUGCUGGGGGCCGGAGAAGACGCGCUGGACUUCAGCCAGGAUGUGGAGCCCAGCUUUGUGAGCGAGGCGGCGGCUCCGGGCCGCAGCGCCCUGAACAGCGUGGAGGUCGCCUACGGACGCCAGAUCUACGUUUUCAACGAGAAAAUCGUCAGCGGACACAUCCAGCCCAGCCUGGGGGAUCUGUGCGCCGCCGCCGCCGCCGCCGCCGCCAUGGACGACAAGAACGUGUCGGACCUCUGGCUGAUGGUCAAGCAGAUGACCGACGUGCUGCUGGUUCCGGCCAGAGACGCGCUGAAAAGUCGCACCGCCGUGGAGAUGCAGAUGGCCUUCGUACGACAGGCGCUCGGCUUCCUGGAGAACCGGUACAAGAGCUUCACCAUGGGAACCGUGUUCGGCAACCUGCAUCAGGCACAGCUGGGCGGCGUGCCCGGCACCUACCAGCUGGUCCGAAGCUUCCUCAACAUCAAGCUGCCAGGGCCGCUGCCGGGCAUGCAGGACGGCGAGGUGGAGGGCCAGCCGGUCUGGGCCGUCAUCUACUACUGCCUGCGCUGCGGCGACCUGAACGCCGCCAUGACGGUGGUGAGCCGGGCGCAGCAUCAGCUGGGAGACUUCAAGUCCUGGUUCCAGGAGUACAUGAGCAGCCCGGACAAACGCCUCUCUCCAGCGUCGGAGAACAAGCUCCGCCUCCACUACCGCAGAGCUCUGAGGAACAGCGCCGACCCUUACAAGCGGGCCGUCUACUGCCUGAUUGGGAAGUGCGACGUCAGCGACAGCCACGGGGAGGUGGCGGACAAGACGGACGACUACCUGUGGCUGAAGCUGAACCAGGUCUGCUUCGACGACGACAGCAGCAGCUCUCCUCAGGACAGACUGACGCUGCCGCAGCUGCAGAAGCAGCUGCUGGAAGACUACGGAGAGUCCCAUUUCUCGGCCAGCCAGCACCCCUUCCUGUACUUCCAGGUGUUGUUCCUGACGGCUCAGUUCGAGGCGGCCGUGGCCUUCCUGUUCCGGGUGGAGCGGCUGCGCAGCCACGCCGUGCACGUGGCCCUGGUGCUGUACGAGCUGCGGCUGCUGCUGAAGUCGUCGGGUCAGAGCGCCCAGCUGCUGAGCCAGGAGCCUGGAGACCCGCCCAUGAUCCGCCGCCUCAACUUCAUCCGCCUGCUGAUGCUCUACACGCGCAAGUUUGAGUCCACCGACCCGCGGGAGGCCCUGCAGUACUUCUACUUCCUGCGCAACGAGAAGGACAGCCAGGGGGAAAACAUGUUCAUGCGCUGCGUCAGCGAGCUGGUCAUCGAGAGUCGAGAGUUUGACAUGCUGCUAGGAAAGCUGGAGAAAGAUGGCAGCAGGAAGCCCGGCAUCAUCGAUAAGUUUGCAGGCGACACCAGAACCAUCAUCAGCAAAGUGGCUCUGGAGGCCGAGAACAAGGGUCUGUUUGAGGAGGCGGUGCGGCUGUACGAGCUGGCCAAGAACCCAGAUAAGGUUCUGGAGCUGAUGAACAGGUUGCUGAGUCCAGUCAUCGCUCAGGUCAGCGCUCCCCAGUCCAACAAGGAGAGGCUGAAGAACACGGCCGUGGUGAUCGCCGAGCGGUAUCGCUCUCAGGGCACAGCUGCUGAGAAGUCCAUCAACAGCACCUUCUACCUGCUGCUGGACCUCAUGACCUUCUUCGACGAGUACCACGCGGGUCACGUGGACCGAGCCUACGACGUGAUGGAGCGUCUGAAGCUGCUUCCUCUUAGCCAGGACAGCGUGGAAGAACGAGUGGCGGCCUUCAGGAACUUCAGCGACGAGGUGCGUCACAACCUGUCUGAAGUUCUGCUGGCCACCAUGAACAUCCUGUUCACCCAGUACAAACGCCUGAAGGGGGCGCCAGCGGGCACACCGGGCCGCUCACCCAGAACCGUGGAGGACCGAGGCACGCAGCUGCGCCUUCAGGCCCGAGCGCUGAUCACCUUCGCCGGGACGAUUCCCUACAACAUGGCCGGAGACACCAACGCCAGGCUGGUCCAGAUGGAGCUGCUGAUGAACUGACCGGGCAGAACCAGGACCAGGACCCGACAGGACCAGAUACAGAACCAGAACCCGACACAGGACCAGAACCCGACACAGAACUAGAACCCGAUAGAACCCGACACAGGAC